AUGAAUAGCAAUCACAACAAUGAUGAACUACUGGAAGAGCAGCGCCAAGAGAUAUACGAAGCCUUUUCGUUAUUUGACAUGAAUAAUGAUGGGAAAUUAGAUUACCAUGAAUUGAAGGUAGCAUUUAGGGCCCUUGGGUUUGACUUACCUAAGGAACGUGUGCUUGAUAUUCUCGAUCAAUACGAUGAUGAUAAUAAGAGACUAAUUAAAUACGAAGAUUUCUUCCGAGUUGCUGGACAGAUGAUUCUCGAGAGGGAUCCAUUGGAUGAAAUUAGAAGAGCGUUCAAACUGUUUGAUGAUGAUAACACAGGGAAGAUCUCAUUGAAAAACCUUAGAAGAGUGGCUAAGGAAUUGGGGGAAAACCUAACGGAGGAAGAGUUAGAAGCCAUGAUCGAAGAAUUUGAUUUAGAUGGGGAUCACGAAAUCAAUGAAGACGAAUUUAUUGCUAUGUGCACCGAUAGUUGA